AUGGGGAUCCGUGCCGUGCUGUGCCGUGCCGUGCUGUGCCGGUCGCUCGGUCCCUCCCGGCUGCGGGGAGGAGCGAACCCGGCGCGGAGCCGCCUCGUGCCGCGCGGAAACUCAAACCCGCGGCCGCCCCCGCAGCCAAUGGGCCCGAGGCGCCGCCCGCCGCCAGCCAAUGGGAGCGCGCCGUGGGGCGGGGCGGGGCGGCGCUGCGGGGCGGCGGUAACUCUCGGGGCCGCGGUCGCGAUGGCUCCGGAGCGCGGGGCCCGUCCGUCCCCACCGGGACCGUCCGCCGGCGGCACCGAGGGGCUGCCCCGCGCCUUCCUGCAGAGCCUGCGCACCCUCUUCGACAUCCUGGACGACCGGCGGCGGGGCUACGUGCACCUGCAGGAGAUCGAGUCCCGCUGGCAGGGCGCCGAGGCCCGCGAGCUGCCCGCCGGCGUGUUGGACGGGCUGCGGCGGGCGGCGCCGCCCAGCGGGUAUCUGACCUUCGAGCGCUUCGUGCUGGGGCUGCGCGCCGCGCUGCCGGGAACCGACGGCGGAGCCCCGGGAAAGGGCAGAGCCCCGGGGCGCGGGGAGCCGCGGGACAAGGAGCGGGGCCGCAGUAACGGCAGUAACGCCGUGAGCUCCGCGCGGAGCCUCGAGAAGCUGCCGAGCCCGCACGGCAACGAGGAGCGGCGCGGGCAGAGCGGCGGACACCGCGAGCAGGAGCCGGGGCAGGGGCUGCCCCGCGGCCGAGGUAUUGAUGUUAAGUCUGCUGGGCAGUCCCAGGGAGAUGGUGGCCAUGUUGGCCCUGGGGACAUUCGGAGACAUCAGAGGGGACGUGCAGAACACCGGAGACACACUAUUGCCAAUGGUGUGGACUUCGGCAUGCUGAAGCAUAUGAAGGAGUUGGAACAGGAGAAGGAUUUCCUGCUUCAGGGUCUGGAGAUGGUUGAACGUGCCCGUGAGUGGUACCACCAGCACAUCCACUUCAUGCAAGAACGCCAGAGGCUCUUGGGGAAAAACAAAACCAACAGUGACUUCCUCCCUGAUGGCAGCCAGAGCCACCUGGGACGCCUGAUCCCAAAGCUGCAGGAGGUGAACCGCUGCCUGGGUGACCUCCUGACAGCUGUGGGCAAGCCAGGGGACCCCAGCCCAGCACUGACCAGGCUGUUCCCCGCUGCCCCUGCAGCAUCCCCUGCCUCAGCAGGCACCCAGCAGGCCAUCAACAUGCUGAAGGAGCAAAACCGGCUUCUCACCAAGGAGGUCACUGACAAGAGUGAACGUAUCACCCAGCUGGAACAGGAGAAAUCUGCUUUGAUCAAGCAGCUCUUUGAGGCACGUGCCCGCAGCAAUCAUGAAAUGAGCCAGCUGGACUCCACCUUCAUCUAGCACCUGUCUCCCAGCACUCCUGGCCCUGUACUGAGCUUCUCCAGGGGGUUGAUGGGCUGGGGCUCUUGCUCUAAAACCAUUCUGUUCAGGUGUUCAUCUCAAGGCCCAUGGAGGCCUGGAACUGCCCAUAGUGUCUCUGUGGGAGGAAGCUGGGGACAGUGCUUCCCUGACCUUGCUUGGUCAGGCCUUGGCAGUCCCCUCCCUGCCAUGCUGCUUCGUGUGGCUGGCAGUGUCUGUUCACAAGCUGCUCCUAUUCUAAACUGACUGCAGUAGAAUGCUCUCCCACCCCCUGACCCCCCAGUGUAAUGUAAGGUAAGGCUGCUGCCCUUACUAUGUGAAUGGGGAGAGGUGGGGGAGACCUGCUGUACCCUGAGCCUGACCUAGGCUGAAUUUUGGCUGCUCUUAAAAAAAGAUGCUGCAUCUUUAACAUUCCAGCUGGCAUUCCCAGGCAAGCUUGGCCAUUGAAGGGCAUCCUUUCUGCUGCUUGUCCCUCUGUCAGAGGAUGGGAUUGAAAAUGUGUAAUGGGGUGUGCUUAGUUCCUCCCUGCUGCCUGUGUUCUGCCUGCCAGUGGAACCAGACUGGGCUAGGGCAGUGCCUGAACUGAUGCUCCUCCUGGAAUAAUCCUUUCCAGUUUGCCAUAGUGAUGCCAUAGUCGCUGUUUACACGUUUGUAGGCUCCUGUAGUUGAUGAGCCGUAGACCUGGAUUGGGUAACCUGUACCUCUGAGCUGCUCUUUCAGGCUGCUUGCAGAUUGAGACAGGUACCUCUACCUCUCUUUAUCUUCCUGACCUGGCAAACAUUUCCUAAUGACUGCCAGACUUAUAUUUUUUUUCAUGAUAACUUUAAAAGGAGAGGUUAUGUCUUGCAGCAUGAGCCUGAUUUCUCAGUGGGGCUUUAGGACUUGUUUUCUUGUUUAAGUGAAUUUGGGUGAUGGAGAAGAGGCUGAUGGUCUCUUUCUUUUGCAAUCUCCCUAGUGGAGAAAUGGCAGCUUUGCUUGACCUGGUGGUAUGUGCAGACCACCCAUUCUGGGUGUGAGCUGCACCCUUCUCCAGCUCUUCUGGGGUGGUGGUAUAAGCAUGGGUCAUGGCAGUGAUGUGUCUUGGGAUACCUCUUCCUUUCCAUGCAGUCCAAUGAUGGGUCUUGACCUGAGUGAUAUUUUCCAGUGUGACUUUUUACUUUGUAUCAAUGGUACUUUUGUAGGUGAUCAGUGGGGAUCCCCACACAGCUCUGGCCCUUCAGCACUGUUUUGUGUUCAGACUUUUUCUGGCUCAGUGCAGUGGCACAGUGCACUGAGCUGGGCAAAAAGUGCUGGACCUGCCCUGCUGUGCCAGCUUCAGCUGUGUUAGGUUGGGAGCCGUGCAGACCAACUCCUUGCUCACUCCUGGGAAGAUCCUUUUACCCGUCCAGUGUGGUUUGUACCACUCUGAGGCUGACCUUGACCUGAUGCUCACUGCAUGGUGCUCAGUCCCUGCUCAGUUCUUGCACUUGCUGCCAGAGUGGGGAUCAGCAGAGCACAAGGGAGAGGGGGGAAGAUCAAGGCCAAGGCGAGUCACAUCCCCUAUCUGCCAAAGUAGGGUGUUAGUUAUCCCCUGGGCAUCAGUGCCUGCCAUCCCUAUCAUGAUGCCACCUCUGGUGUCUGGUACCUGUUUUAUCUGAGGCUUAAUGAAAAGUGACUCUCCUCGUAACCUGUCUUUAGGGAUAAUAAAGUGGAGUGGUCUAUUUAAUUUAU